GUAUGCGUGCCUGACCGAGCGAUUGUCCGUUUGAUCGCCCGUGUUUGUUUUUGCGUGUGUGGAUGUGUGUGUCUCUCUCUCUGUCCCUCACGCCUUCCUCCUCCUCCUCUUCCUUUUCCUCCUCCCCCUUCUCCUCCUCUUCCUCUGUGCCUUCUUUGUGAAGCUUCUGUGGGAUCCUACGGUGUGCGUGGAUCCCCUCUCUCUCCGGACAGAAUCACCGCCCUGCCAGCAGUCACCAUUUCGGCCCCGGGAAGACCCACGCUGGCUGCCCAGCCCCUCCCGCGCCUCAGCCUGGGCAGGAAGACCCUGGUGGCGGCGGCCGUGGGCGUGAUGCUGGUGCUGGUGCUGGUGGUGCUCAUACCGGUGCUGGUCAGCUCCGUGGGCAGCGACAGCAGCCACUUCGAGAUGUUGGGCACCUGCCGCAUGGUGUGCGACCCAUACCUGGGCCGCGGCACCACCGCAGCCACCGGGGCCCAGGGCGAGGCCGAGGCCCUGGCUGACCACAGCAACAUGCCACCGCCCUCCACUCUCCACCAGGGGCCGCAGGGAAAGCCUGGGCGGCCGGGGAAGCCCGGACCCCCGGGACCGCCAGGGGAGCCCGGCCCCCCAGGCCCCAUGGGACCCCCGGGGGACAGGGGCGAUCGGGGCAAGGGUGGAGCCCUGGGGUUGGGUGGGGUCAGCGACGGGGGAGGGGUGGUCAGCACGGCGACCUACGGGCCAGGGGGGGCGCGCGUGGCCUUCUACGCCGGCCUCAAGAACCCGCACGAGGGCUACGAGAUCCUAAAGUUCGACGACGUGGUCACCAACCUGGGGAACAACUAUGACAGCACGUCAGGGAAGUUUAUCUGUGGCGUGCCAGGGACAUACUUCUUCAUCUACCACGUGCUCAUGAGAGGGGGAGACGGGACCAGCAUGUGGGCUGACCUCUGUAAAAACGGACAGGUGCGGGCGAGCGCCAUAGCGCAGGACGCUGACCAGAACUACGACUACGCCUCCAACAGCGUCAUCCUGCACCUGGACGCCGGCGACGAGGUCUACGUCAAGCUGGACGGCGGCAAGGCCCACGGCGGCAACAACAACAAAUACAGCACCUUCUCUGGGUUCAUCCUGUACAGCGACUGACCAAUGGAGGGUCUCAACACAGGAGAGUGGACAGAGAUAGAGAUGGACAGAGGGGGAGGGAGAAAAGAAGAUGGAUAGA